ACCUCCUCUGAGGCCUAUUUUCCAAAGAAUAGUUAAUGUGCAGAUUCUUGUAUUUGAUCAAAGUUAUGACAUACUAUAUUUAUUUUUGCAGAAAAUAAAGCCUUUUUGUUAACAUCAAGGGCUUUACAAUGGGAUGUAUUUGCAUGAAGCAGCAAAUUAAGGGCGAAGACCCAGCUGUUCUCGCUGCUCAAACGAGUUUUAAUGUGACUGAGGUUGAAACUUUGUAUGAGCUAUUCAUGAAACUAAGCAGUUCAAUAGUUAAUGAUGGGGUCAUAAGCAAAGAAGAGUUUCAGCUUGGAUUAUUCAGGAAUAGCAAGAAUCAAAGUCUCUUUGCAGACAGGAUUUUCCAACUGUUCGACUCCAAACAUGAUGGGGUGAUAGAAUUUGGGGAGUUUGUUCGAUCUCUGAGUGUCUUUCACCCAGAAGCACCUAAAGCCGAAAAAGUAGCUUUUUCAUUUCGAGUACAUGAUAUAUGGCAAACAGGCUUUAUCAAACGUGAAGAGGUCAAGGAAAUGCUUUUGGCGCUUCUGAAGGAGUCGGACAUGAUCCUUUCUGAUGAUAUCAUUGAAGCCAUUAUUGAUAAGACAUUUAGGGAAGCAGAUUUAAAACAAGAUGGAAAAAUUGAUAUGGAAGAGUGGCAGGAGUUUGUGUCUCGCAAUCCAUCCAUAUUGAAGAAUAUGACUAUUCCAUAUCUGAAGGACAUUACAACUGCAUUUCCUAGUUUCAUGAUGAGAUCAGACUUUGAAGAUGACAUGAACAAUCUUUGAAAAUUUCCAUUUGCCAACUUGUACAUGGCUUACAAUCUCUUUCUUUACACUAGAUAUGUAAAUCAAAGA